CUUGUGAAUGUGCACAACAACCACCCAAAUCCGCGUCUGCCCUGGCGAGGACCAAUAGCGCAGCUUCACAGCUCUCAGCAUCCCCAUCCUACAGAGAGCUCGACAUCACCACAGUGCAGGAGAGCCAGCGGAGAGCUCUGUCAAGGCGUGGGGAUACUCGUCUGAUUAAAGGCUUUUCAUCGGAAUUUUAAUCACGUUUCUGUCAUUGAGGACAUUCCUUGAGAUGACCGGUUUUGUUUCACCUUGAUGUGCUUCAUUUCACAAGGAAAAAGCAAUUCAGACGCAGACAUUGUGUGUCUUGUAUUCGUCUAUAAAAGCGUUGAGGAAAAAAACAACUGCUGAUCCUACUGAGGUUAAACAGUGGACGAGCAAGCAGGACAGAGAAACAAGAGAGACAGAGAGCGAGAGAGUGUUGCUGCAUCCACUAGUGAGGCAAGCCUGCUCCACCAUAACAAAGCCACCCCUCUGGAGCUCCAAACUCCUCCCCGACGUGGAUGCCUAAGAUAAAUUCCGUCUGGUAGCCCGGGGCUUCCGCGCUCUGAAGAAGUGAGGUCAAGACCCUCACUUUCCAAUCCCAGGCUAUCCUCUGCUGUCGACUUCAUCGCCUCCUGAGAGAGCCCAGAGGCCCACGACCCCACUGGCACCAUGGGAACCGUGCUGUCGCUCUCGCCCAGCUACCGCAAGGCGGCGCUCUUUGAGGAUGGCCCGGCCACGGUGGGCCACUACACGGCCGUGCAGAACAGCAAGAACGCCAAAGACAAGAACCUGAAGCGCAACUCGCUCAUCAACGUGCUGCCAUGGAAACGCAUCGUGGCCGUCUCGGCCAAGAAGAAGGGCUCCAAGAAGGUGCAGCCCAACGCCGCCUACCAGAACAAUGUCACGCACCUCAACAACGAGAACCUGAAGAAGUCGCAGUCAUGUGCCAACCUCUCCACCUUUGCCCAGGACCAGGGUAGCCCCACCAAGAACGCCAAUAAUGCCGUGUCGUCGGUAAAGAAGGCGCCGCUGUCUAACUCUAACGCGGCGUCCGGCACGCCUAAGCGGGUGAUCGUGCAGGCCUCCACCAGCGAACUCCUCCGCUGCCUGGGAGAGUUCCUGUGCCGGCGGUGCUACCGGCUCAAACACCUGUCCCCUACUGACCCGGUCCUGUGGCUGCGCAGCGUUGACCGCUCCCUGCUCCUCCAGGGGUGGCAGGACCAGGGCUUUAUCACGCCCGCCAACGUGGUGUUCGUUUACAUGCUGUGCCGCGAUGUGGUCUCCUCGGAGGUGGCCACCGAGCACGAGCUCCAGGCCGUGCUCCUCACCUGCCUCUACCUGUCCUACUCGUACAUGGGCAACGAGAUCUCAUACCCGCUCAAGCCCUUCCUGGUGGAGAGCUCCAAGGAGACCUUCUGGGACCGCUGCCUGUCCAUCAUCAACCUGAUGAGUGCCAAGAUGCUGCAGAUCAACUCCGACCCACACUACUUCACGCAGGUGUUCGCCGAUCUCAAGAACGAGAGCCAGAAGGAGGAGGAGAGGAGUCGCCUGCUCAUCGGGCUGGACCGGUGAGGGAGGGCGCUACCCAGGGGCUGACCAAGGGGCAGUGAGUGGAGCAUAGCUGUCUGGUGUUUGUUCAGUAAGGAAGGGGGCGGAGGUGGAGGGAUCCAAAGGGCUUCUCAGAAGUACGUCGGUGUAGGGUGGGUGGAUGAGAAUUAUACUGGCUGAUGUUUCAGAAGAAACCAUUUUCAGAGAUAUGUGUAAAAAUAGAACUACUAAGUAAGUUUGACUACUCAUAGGCCUACUAGAAAUUUGAUUAUAGCUGUAGAUUUGUACUGUAUGUGAAGGAAGAAAUCAAAAGUUGCACUGAUAGGUUUUCCAAAUCUUUCCAGAAAGCUCACUUUAAAUCACAGUUUAAUUCAAUAUUAGAAAAGAUAUCUGAAUGCCAUCUGAACUGGGGAAAGACAGGAUUUGGAAUUGCACCUGAACAAACACCAGACACUUAUGUAUCCAUUAUUAUGAACAAACACUGGAAACAAAAAAAGACACUGACAAAAAAGCAAGAGACCACCAUCACCAAAAAAAGACGACUACCAACAAACAAACAUCGCAAGAAAAACUUAAACGAAACAACUAAAAAGAAACAAAAACAGACACUAGAAAUGGGGAAAACAAAAUCUACAGCAAUGAAUGUGGUAGGGUGGCGGCUGCUGUCUUACCAGCCACCUGCUGACUAUGGGAGAUGUGCACUGCCUGGUGUGGGAGACUCUUUUAAAGCGAACAGCCCCUUCCCUGGCCUUUCAAGGGCCACUGGACAAAGCUGCAAUCCAGGGUCCUAAGGACACCUCAGCCGAACCUGUCCUGCGUAAUGCUGGCCACGCACACACACACACACACACAUCGCUUCACUGCAAUGUGUGUCUGUGUGUGUAUCUAUCUGACUGAGUCUGUAGCUUGGAGAUGGCUACUUGUGUAGAUAUCACCUGUAUCUGUAACGGAUGAGAAAUGAAUGGAACUGUAUGCAGUGUCUGAGGAAUGAUCAGCUGAUGGACUCUGGCAGGAGAUUGGUUUCCUAGCGGGCACACGCAGUGUGUUGAGAAAGACCUACUUUAUUUUUAUCUGCAGGGGGAAAGGGGAAAAAAAGGAAAAGAAAUGUUUGGUCUCUGUCAGGAUCACAUUUGAUGGAGAGUUGCCAACUGAUUUGCUUAGAGGAAAACAAACAAAAAAUAGUUUCUUUUUUUUUUUACUUAGAAAUGUAACCAAAUGCACGUGUGCCAUGCAUUUUUAUGGUGUUUUUGGAGGGACGACAUUUCUUUACUUAUUCUCUUAUCCUUGAAUUUGUAAUCCAACUGCAUCUGCGUCUAGAGAAUGCUAUGAACAACAAAAAAAAAAUAGCAGAAUUAGUUUAUUUAGCUAUGCUUGCUAAAACGAGCUACUGUUUUUCAUGGGAUUUUCCAUUCUUUUUGUAGUGUUGUGUCUUCUCCUAGGAGUCCACACUGUAACAGGCGUUCAAUGUUUAAAUUGGGAACGUGUGCCAAACCUUUGAUGAACAUCUUGUUGGUCUUAUGAGCACACCAAAGGCUGUGAUUGCUGAAAGGGAUGAAUCAUUAUUAUUAAUAAUGAAUAUUUAUUGAAACUUAAUUUAUUGCUAUUUAUUUAUUUAUUCUCUUGACACAUGGAUGGGAUUAUUGUAAAAAAGACAAACAGAAGUGAUGAUAUUCUAAUCUACAACCUUGUUGGAAAUGAUUGAGGUUGCUCUCUGUACUAUACCUGGUGGGAUUAUCUUUGGUGCGGAAUGAAGAUUCUGGUUGAUGGUGAAAUGAGUUGCAAGGAUUUAGCGGAGGAUAUUAGAUCUGCGAGCUUAGACCGAGACCAAUGUCAAAUCUGAACAGCGCCAGAGUCACAUGCAGGGCAGAAAAUAAAUCACAAUAGUCGUUAAAGCCCGGACUCAAUAAGGAUAAAAAAAGAAAGUCUAAACUGCACAACACAGAUCUUUAUUAAUAAGGUCACAGCAUUAGGACAGUUUCGGACAUGUUCAACAUAUCAGUGACAAGGCGAAAGCAAUUACCCAAAGACUGUGUCUCUCUAUCAAUGUCAGUCAGUCAGUCAGAUAUGGGGAAAACAAAGAUAGCAGAUGCAAUAUUAAUCACUAUGCCCGAAAGAGAAGACAAAUAUUGGAGAUGACAGGGUCUUCAGCCAUAAUGUGCUUUUGGGGGAGGGAGAUGAGAUGAGAUGAAGCUGGAGUGAGUUUCAGGGGCAGUCUUGCUGAAGCCUGUAGAGAUAAGCAGAGAUAUUUUUAAAUCGGACCCGACUUGUUUCUGGCAAAUGAAAAAUGUGUGAUCUGAGUCAAGUCGAAUGUUAGGUGGGUCAGGAUACAAGUGAUCCAGGAUGAAGUUGUUGGGUGACGGUGCCAGAUCUUAGUGCUGUUCUCUGGGCUAGAGUGGUGAAAUGGCAGACCAGGCUGGAAAUAAUUUUUCCAACGGUUGUGCUUAUGGCAUAGUUAUCUGGAAAAAAAAAGAAUUGCUUUCUUUUUGAUUUUUCAAAAAAAAAAAGAAAAGAGCACACUGGAUUUUACUGUCAGGAACAUCUUAAAGAAAAUAAAAUAAAAAACAACAUAUAAAGCAAAUUGAUUUAGUUGCCCGCUUUCUUCUUCUACCAUCUCAGCAGAGGUCAGUUAGCGCAUGCUUUCUUUCUGUAGUCGUGUGUCUCAGUUUUCUUUCUAGAGAUAAAAACAAACAAAGUCUUAUAAGCAGACAUUAUCAUUUAGUCACUUCCUUUUUUCUCUCUUUCCUCUGUAUGCUGUCUCCAUCCUGACAAAAGGCUUCUUUAGCAAACAAUGACAGAUGUCCCUGGAUACUGGUAUAGAGAAAUGGAUGAUGUCUUGUAUGGGUUACUUUUAUUUAGCUGAAAGGAGGAUAGGAAGGCUGAAUGUGUUUGUAAUGGUGGUGGUGAUAGCGGGGUAGAGGACAAGAGGUAGGCAUCACGCCCAUGUUUCAAUGACGUGCCAUGACGGGGUUACGAGGGUAGGGUCUUACUUGAUUAAUGUUUUUAUUACAUUUUGGGGAUUCAGCAGGGAGCUUUGCUGAAUGGAGAACAUAAUGGAGAUUUUCGGGGGGUGAUUUGGGGUGGGAGGUGGGGUACUGUUAAGAUGGAGAGGGUAGGAGCUGGGGAAGGUGGACUCUGGCUGCUGAAGGUUGGGGAGUCAGCCAUCUCCUUUGCCACUUGCAAAAACGAUCGGCUGUCCCCUUGACUCACAAUAAUGUGCCAUUUUUUCACUUGCAUCACUGAGUAGUUUAAUGACUUCUAUGAAAAUAAAAAAGAAACUUUGAAAAAAAAAGACAAAAAAGAGAGAAUAGAUAACAAGAGAACAAUUCUGUCAAGAUUCAUCUUUUCUGUAUCUUGUUGCAUACUUAUUUGUAGAUGAUGACAAAAAAUGAAAAGAAACAGUGUUAUGAAAAGAUCUUACAAUGGGAGAAACUCUCCACGAUUGCAUGUGUGUGUGAGUGAAGUUUUCUUUUGUGUAAAAGAUAGAGCAGUGUGUGUGUGUGUGUGUGUGUGUGCAUUAUUUUUUUCUUAUUUGAUAAAUUAAGAGAGGGAGAGUCUCUCUCAAUUGAAGAAAUCUGAACAGUAUUGGGCUAGAUUUGGAUUGGAGGUUGGGAGGGGUGCCAAGCUGUUACAAUUUACAACUGUUCUUUCAAAAAAAGACAAAAAAGCUGUUGCUGUAAUUGAAAUUUUCAGUUAAUUUCUGCUUAUUUUUAUUUAUUUUUGUACUGUGAUGGAAAUAAAAUGCACUGAUCAUUCAAAGUU